AGUGCAAAAUGCCAGUGAACAGUCGUCCUCCUUGGCUAAAGGAUCGUCUAGAGACGGUAAAUAAAACCGUACCACCUGCAUGGACUCGCAAGGCGAGCGUCACGCCUGCCACAGACACAAAAGAAUCUUCACCAUCUACCAAAACAAACGCAUCCGAAGCUUCUUCAACCGUCAGCACAAAGUCUACGACGCCGGCGUCCACCACCACCACCACCACCAGUGUCAAGAAAGCUGCCGCCCAAAACUCACCGGGCAAGGAAAAUGGUGAUACGGCUGCGAAAGCAACCACUACGGCCAAGUUACAAUCAAAGGAAAUUAAAGUUCCGGUUGUAGUUGCGCAGAAAAAGCCGGUUAAUCCUCCGCUGACCAAGCCCGAACCGGCGGUGGGGCUUAAAAACACAACACCCGUCAUGACCGUCCAUCGGGAGGUGGCUAAACCGAAGCCAAAACCUACUGCCAGGGAACCAACUCCCGAGGAGUCUGACGAUGAAGAAGAAGAAGAAGAGGAAGUAGAAGAGGAAGAGGAAGAAGAGGAGGAGGAAGAGGGUAGCACCGAGUACGAAACGGAAACCGAAUCUGAAGAAGAGCCACCCGCGAAGCCGGUGUUAAAAAAGCCCGAACCAAUAAAGCGCCAAGAUGCUGACACAUCGCCAAAGCUGCCCACAGUGCAACUGCGCAAAGUCACGCCAACGAAAAGCCCCGAAAAGUCCGACACCGAAAGCAAAUCGUCCUCGAAAUCGAUGUCGGAGAAGUCAUCUUCGCCGGAGCCGAAACCAUUCAUUAGGCCACCGCUGAAGAAGGUGGUACGACCGCCACAGGAUACGCCACCAAAGGAACGUUCCGUGUCGCCCGAACCGGCCAAGAAUUUCCGCGUCCAGUUGCGCAAGGUACCGUCCAAUCUGAAAGCACCACGUGUGAAGGAAAAGCUACCGGAGGUACAGCUGAAGAAGGUCGAGAAACCUUUGCUGGAGGACAUACCGAAGAAGGAAGAAGCCUAUCCACAUAAACCUUCGAUGCUAAAAUCGGAAAGCAGUAAAAGAAUUCCUCCACCACCACCAAUGCCAAAGUCGAAUAUACCGCCACCACCUCCACCGCCGCCAAGCUUGAAGCCUCCGCCGGACUUUGAAAAGAAGGAAAUAUCCGACAAACAGAAGGAAGUGAUCGACAAGCUUAAACGUCGUCCACGUCGGCGUCCGGACUGGUCGGACAUGAUGAAGGAGGUUGAGAAGGGCAGGAAACUGAAACACGUUGAGUGUAAUGACAGAUCCCAUCCGAUCAUAAACUCCAAAUCUAUCACGAAGGUAAAGGAUCAGUUCAUCUUCGAAACGGAGAAAGCCACGGCACACAAUCAGCUGCUGAAGCAAAUUCAGGGUGGUGUCCAGCUGAAGCCGACCAAAUGUAACGAUCGCAGCAAACCGAUCCUGGAAGGUUUGCGUAAGUUCCGCCGUCAGAUGACGCUCGAGGAGCAGCUGGCGAAAUCGGAAUCGCGUGCUAACAUGGAAGCGCCACCGGCGGAAGAGGAAGAACUAGACGAGCUGGACGAUAUUGACAAGGUGCGGGAUGAUCUGCAAAGCACCAAGCAGAUGCUUGCCCACGAGCUCCGCAACAACGAGGCAUUGGAGCGCGAGAACAAGCGGCUUCAGGCAAGGGUACAGAACCUCGAAGCGGAGCUGUCCCGCGAACGGUGGAACCCGCUGAGUGGAGAGGAAAGAACGACCGUCACUGGACCACAGUCCGAUCUAAUAAAAUCGCUAAAGGACGAAGCGUUGGAGGCACAGAAGCAAUCGAAGCAGCUGGAAGAUAAAUAUCAAACGGUUGCCAAGGAGCUAGACACGGCGUACAAGCAGGUGGAGGAACAGAAGCGAAAGAUUGCCGAACUCGAGCGGAAACUCCAGUGCUUAACGGACGAUGACUACUACUUGAACGAGCAUCAGGGCAUUACGGACGAUCGUAGAGCCACGGAGUCGGCCCAGAAGGAAUGCUCACCUGAGCUGCAGCCCGAGGAAGAGGAAGAGGAGGAGGAAGAGGAAGACGAAGAAAAGAAGGCCGAAAAGUUGGCGAAACGGUUGAAUCGUGAGGUUAACAUGCUACAGGCUCGGUUGACGAGGCUGAAGGAGAAGCAGGAGGAGAAACAUGCGGAACGCCAGGCACUGAAAUACGCCAUGAAAACCAACCAGUAUGCCCUCAAGGCUGAGAGGAAAAAGUAUAAGAAGCUCCAAAAGGAGGUGGAAAAGAUGGCCGCCAUGAUGAAGCUGGAUGAUGAUGAUGAUGAAAGCGCGGAGGCCAAGGAACCACCGCCCGAGGAACCGGAAGACGAACAGGAGGAAGAGGAGGAGGAGGAGAGUGAAUCGGAAGAAUCGGAAUCAGAAAGUGAAAAUGAGAGUGAAAAUGAAGCAGAAGAUGCUCCCGAUGACAAGAAGAAGAUUAAUCUUGAGCCCAGAGUCAAACGGCACGAGGCACGGCUGGCGUCGCUAAAGAAGGGCAAUUAUUUGCUGCAGGCGAACGUCGACCGUAUUAAGGACGAGAUCAGCAAGGUGCGCGAGGAGUGCUGUACAUUGCAAACGGAUCUGGACAACGUAAUAGCGGACUUGGGCUGAUA